GGCCGGCCCGAGGGCGGGCUCAGCAGGGGACGCUCAGGAGCCUGCGCAUGCACCCGGCCCGACUCCUCUCCCGGCAGCCUCUGGGCUAAGAUGGCGCCCUCGGAGUCCUCGUCCUCUCCGCCCGCCUAAGGGAACUACGACGUCACUGCCGCUGCCGCCGCCGUCCGGACCAGUAUUGUGCAGGGGGCCCGAAGGGAGCCGCCCUCAGCACCUCAUCUCGAAAGUGAGGAGGGGAGGGGGGCUCGGUGGCGCUGUCCAGCAGCUCUGCUGGCCCGGUCCGGGGCUGAAGGUCAAGCCUGUGGCUCAGCCAGAGCCUCGCCGUCUGUCUCCCCCUAAAGAGAAGCCCACCCCGGCUGACCAGAGGAGGAGCCGUAAGAACUUGGCUUUCUUCUGCCCCGCUCUUAGUGCCACCACGACAGCCAUGGCCGCCACAGCCGCCAAGCGCGACGGGCCCCCCUUCAUUAGCGAGGCAGCGGUCCGCGGGAACGCCGCCGUCCUGGACUACUGCAGGACGUCCGUGUCGGCCCUCUCCGGAGCCACGGCGGGGAUCCUGGGCCUGACCGGCUUCUACGGUUUUGUGUUCUACUUCCUGGCGUCCACCCUCCUCUCUCUGCUCCUAGCCCUCAAGGCUGGAAGGCGAUGGGACAAGUAUUUCAAAUCCAGGCGACCGCUCUUCACCGGGGGCCUUGUUGGGGGGCUCUUCACCUACAUUCUGUUCUGGACCUUCCUGUAUGGUAUGGUGCAUGUCUACUAGGGGGAGGGGAAGGACUCCUGCUGGGGUUAAUGAGAUGUAGACUGCUAGUGUUCCAAUGGAAGUGACUGCUUGUGCUGUUAAUGUUAUUAGUAACUUAUGAUCCAUCUCUGGUGAUGGUCUGCAGAUUAAAUCCAAUGUGAAACAUG